AUGUCUCCUUCCAACGUCCUCCUUCUGAGCGCCGGUCUGCUCGCCCAGCUCGCCAGCGCCUAUACUCAGGUCAACGUCGCCUCUCCUUUCAUGUAUAAGAACGUCGAUCCCAUUGUGUUUCCUGGCUCGUACGACAAGUCGCACUUGCACUCCUUCUUCGGCUCCGACGCCGUCACAGCCAACACCAACACGUCCGCCGAGCUCCAGGCCGGCUGCACAAACGCCCAGAACCCCAACGACUUUUCCGUGUACUGGAUCCCCACACCGCUUUACACCGCCGAUGGCUCGACCUACGAGCCCAUCCCUGUCAUGCGCUUCAGUGCGUACUACAACCUGGGCGAGACGCCGGCUGAAGUCGCGAUCCCCCAGAACGUGAAGAUGGUCGCCGGCGACGCUACCGCAACCAGCGCGAGCGCCAUGCCGGCCGACGCCAAAGCAACGUGGUUCUGCGAAGGCGACGACGCCUCGGCACUGGACAGCAACGGCUUUCCAUCCAAGGCAUGCUCGACGCACCUGCAGCAGCUCCUUUAUUUCCCGCAGUGCGUCAACGAGCAGACGCUCGAGACGGCGUACAAGUCCAAGUCGCACGGCACCGCAAACUACUGCCCCACGGGCAUGAAAUCGAUGCCGCAGCUGCGCUUCUCGGUGCGCUACGACCUGCGCAAGGUCCUGCCCAACGGCUGGUCUGGCACGUUCCCCGGUAAGCUGGCGUGCGGUGCUGCGUGGUGCAGCCACGGCGACUUCAUCAAUGGAUGGACCGAGGACGCUGCUACCAACAUGGUUGCCACGACAUCAGAGAAGCAGCACUUCGCCGCCGUGGAUGGUAAGCUGGGCAAGAACGGUGCGCGGCCUACUUGCAAGAGCGCAGACGCGGAGCCUAGCAAGGGCACCAGCGAUUACGCUGAGAGCGUGAAGCAGAUGAGCAAGCGCGAGGUCCCUGCCCUUGGUUGGGUCAGCAGGACUAGGUUCGCGAGGUACUUGUAG